AUGAUUUUCUUCUCAACGAAUCAUUGGAAAAGAAGGAAUUUCACAGUCAACAGAACAUCACCGGGUAGGUACCUUGCUGGUAUGCCUUAUGGUCGCUUGUCGAAUCGAUACUUUGAAAUUAUGCUCAUGCUACGUUUGGCAUAUCAUUUAAACAGAACUCUUGUUCUAAUACCAUAUAAAGGAGUGGAGAUAGAUGAAAUCUUUGAUUUAGAUGCAGUAAGUAGACAUUUUCGUCGGAAUCAUCUGGCUUUAACCUGGAAGAAAUAUCAACGGAUGAAGAACAUCACAUCAUGUUUAUGCGUAAAAUCCGUGUACUAUGUUCAUGAUCAGGAAAGGUUUCCAAUGUGCAAUACAUCAGCAAAACUUGAUGCAUGCAAACUUAUCUCUUCUCAUCCAAUAUUAGGUGAAAAGCGUGUGAAAUUAGCUAGCAUCGAGGACGCGUUGACCAUUCAAGAUUAUUUCAUGGUAAUCAGUGGAGAACGGAUAUGGUCUCUUAAAUCAAUGAGAGGUUUUUCUGAAGUUCUCGCGGCACAGAACAACAAAAGUCCUCAUUUUCAUCUAGAUUACAUAAGAAAUACAUGGGUUGAAGCACACCAUGUCUACCGAUGGCUUAGCUCAAGAUCGAACUCGUCUAACAACACGACGCUUGCAAUCCAUUUGCGUCGAGGUGAUCUAGCUAGUAAUAUGAAUUUAACAAUAUUUUUAGAAUCGGCAAAGCAAAUCUCUUUAAAAUACUCCGUUCCAAAAGCACAGAUUUUUAUUGCAACAGAUGCAAAUUCUACCGAAAUUGAGAUCAUUCGACAUACGUUUAGCUUAGCGCAAAUUGAGUGUCCGGUAAACGUUUCGCAAGAUUGCAAGCAUCACGUUCGUCGGCUUGUACUUAUUCAGGCUGUGGCUUCCUUAGCGACACAUUUUGUUGGAAGUCACAUAUCUACUUUCUCAUAUGUUAUUCAAGCGAUGCGAGCUGCUCGAAAACCAUUAAAAUACCAUUAA